AUGCCGCACCCGCCGGGUUUGCAGCCGCGAUUCAUGUUCUGCACCUUCACGAGCGUCCUCGCCGCGGCGACCGCGCGCCAGAGCGUCUCAAGCCCAACAGUCCGCGUCGGCGGCCCUCCUCCUCCCGGCGCUUGCAUGCCAGCCGGCGGCGGGUGGCGAGCGAACGACGCAGUCGCGGACACUUCUCGAGUCCCAACCAAGGAUUCUGUCAAGACCGAGACGCCGCCGGAUACGGCGUCCGCCCCUCUCACGAUUCUUGAGGCGUCCAUCGGCCUCCGCGCCCCGAUCAGCCCGCCAACGACCAAGCCGGCGGACGGCGGGCGAGCGGCAGCGCCCCAGCACCUCCUCUUCCUCCAGAGCGAGCGGGCCGUCGAUGCGCGCCUGACGGCCGCGCUGGGGCAAUUUGCGUGUCCCGCAGAGCUCCGCUCGACCCGGAUCUCCGACUCGAACGCGGUCGAGUCCGAUCUCUUCUCCGUCUCAAGCGGGUGCGCCGACUGGCAGCGCGCCUGCGCCUCCUUUGCCCGCGCGAACUCCUCGCUGCUCGAGGUCGGGCAGGGAGAGCUGGAGCGGGCGGAUCAGGCGCUCGGCGACCCGCACUGCACUCCCCCACGCCGCUGCAUCGGCUGCCACACCGUGCGCACCCGCUGCCCGGCCACGGCGGAACGGCGCUUUGCGCUCGAGUCCGAGGAGCCACCAGGCUGCUGGGCCGCCUCUGGCAAGGCCCAGGCGUCGCUGCCCAUCCCGGCCCGGUGGUCCGAGACUGAGGCGGUGCCCAUGCCUCUGCCGGUUCCGCCAAAGACCGAGGUGGCGGAGGAUCAGCGCAGCGAGGCGUCGCUGGAGGAGCUAGCGCGGCCCGCGGAGGUCUGCGCCACUCAGAUCGCCGACUCGAAGACGGUUGAGUCGACCGAUCUCUUCUCCAUUUCAAGUGACCUCGCCGGCUCGCGGCCACGCUGCGCCUCUUGCAUCUGCGCUGACUCCUUCACGCUCGAGGUCGAGCAGGGCGAGGAGGAGGGGGCGGACCAGGCGAUCCGAGCACCGCAUCGCCAGCCCGCCGAAAUCUUCAUGGCCGAGACGGUCACGGCCGGCAGCUCUCUUUGGCCCCUCCUCAUGGGUGCCCUCGUGGGGUGCUUGGGCGUCUCUGUCGUGGCGCUGAAGUGGAGAGGCUACAAGAUGGACGGCAAGAAGCGCUCGAGGCGCGCCAAGGAGAACGAGGGCAUGGCACUGACGACCGCCGGUGCUUGCCGCACUCAGAUCGUCUUCUUCUUCUUCUUUGUCGCAAUGGUCGGCCUGUGCGGCGUGAUCUACGCGGCCUCGAAUGCGAGGUACACUCGACGGAGCGGCGCCAUGCCGGGUCUCCCAUCCGUCAACAGCAUCGUACCCGAGUCGUGUCCCGCCGACGCUGCUGGGAAGGCCCGGAGGCUGGUCGAGACGGGCCUCGUCGGCGCGGUAGCCUUGCAUCUCGGCGGAAUCGCCUCGCUCGAGCCAUCCGCCGCCCAUGUCCGCGUGGCCGCCGCCGCGCUGCUCGUCGGCAGGGCGGCCGCGUCUGCCACGGAUCCAUCAGCGAGUCACACGCGGCAUGCGAGGAACGUGACGCGCGGUGGCAGAACACUUGUGGCACUGAUCGGUCAGAUAAGAGGCGGCGAGCUCGCAGAGCGGUCCCUCAUUCAGCACGUGCUCAAGCCCAACCAAGCAGACCUCGUGCUGAUGGUUCCCAAGACAGCCAGCCUACUGAACAGUUCCCUGGCUGCGCGCGCCAGAUACGUGUGGACGUUGCGCGAGCCUGAGAAUUGGAAGCAGCCCAUCGCUGCCAUUGCCCAAGCCCUGGGCGCACACAGGUGGCUCGACUUGGCCAACAAUUCGGGCGCCGUGUGGUUCCUUGGCCCCGCCCGCCUACGGCGAGGGGUGCGUUCGCCAUCCACUGCCGCCCCCAAUCUGGUCUAUCGCCACCUGCUCAAAAGGCACCUCGUGCAACAUCGGCUCAUCGAGCAGUACACUCGAUUCAUCAUCACCCGCGCGGACCACGUCUACGGGUGCCAUCAUGAUGUGAGUCGCUUUGACUUGCAUCACCAAGUUUAUGUCCCCACUGGUGAAGACUACGGCGGUGUGUGCGACCGUCACAUUGUGUGCGGCCAGGCGGAUGUGCUCGCCUGCCUCUCAAUUAUCGAUGGCCCGCUGCUCCAUCCUGAACGGUAUGUCAAGCAGGCCGACUCGAUGGCUACAUGUGGACCUGAACCGUUCAUGAAGCUAAGGCUGCAGGAGCUUGGGCUCUGGCCACGACUGCGCCGCUUCGCACGCGUCAUGUACCUGUCAAGCGACAAGGGCAACGGGAGUUCCGUCUUGAACAAGACAUCGAAGGAGCCCUCUUAUCCCAAGCCAGCGGCGCCAGGCCAGCAUGUCAAAGCUGUCAUCCUGGCCUUGACCUUGGCAAGUGGGGUUAUCCUGGCAGGCUAUGUGGCAGGCAUCCUUGCCGUUCUUGGUCGGCGCUCUCCCUUCUCAGUCCUCGACGAGCGAUAA